CGUCGGUCGACGCGACCCCCCCUCGUCCGGCAAGAGAUGGGGAAAAAAGAUAGAUUUGUCCUCCACUACCGCCUGGUUCGUCCUACAGUGCCCUCCUCGCCGCCGCGGUACCGGGGAGUCUCGUCGCCGGAAAAGGCGGAGAGUCGGACGGGAGGCCGGCGAACCGGGUUGCGUACGGGACUGUGCUCCGGCUGCGGCCUAAAGUAAUGGAGGGAGAGGGUAUGGAGUUUCUACUCGACGCCGUUGACAGGUUCCCGGUGCGCGAGGAAUUUGCAGACAGCCUAGAGAACCCAGAUCCAGUUCAACUACUAUAUUUGCUGGAGAGCGGGACUGCAACUAAGGAUAUGGGUGAGGUCAAUGGCGUCACUGAGCAGACUCAGGUGGAGGACGUAGAAGCAGCAGCUGCAACCCAGCAAGGUGUCCAUGGUUUCCAAGCUGAAUCUCCCACGAGGUCUGCUCAAUCAACAGGCAGGGUGAAUCCACAGGCCCCCGGAUGGACGAAAAGGCUUCGGCUCGGAAGUGCACCACCUGACCGGGUGCCCUGCCCAUCGAGGAUGAGCGCAUUAGAAAUUUCAAUACGCAAGUAUGCAGAGCAACCUGAUAAGAGCGUCGUGAAACCAGAGCUGGGGCUUAGUUUUGAUUCGUUGGGUGAGGCGUAUGAUUUCUAUAACCUGUACUCAUGGGAAGUGGGUUUCGGGAUAAGAUAUGGAAAAAGCAGACUCAACGCCGAGAGGACAAAAACUAUGCAGGAAAUAGUGUGUGGUUGCUCGGGAAAACCGGAGACUGAAAACAGUCGAUCCUGUAGAUGUGAGUGCCCAGCUCUGAUCAGGCUCCUACGUGCUUCCGACAACAGCUGGUACAUCACAGAGCACCGGGCAAGUCAUAACCAUUCCAUGUCGCUGACAAUGGGAGAGAAAGUGCACUGGCCAUCUCAUAAGCACAUAGAUGUUUACACCAAAGACUUAAUAAAGCAACUGAGGGAAAACAAUGUAAAUCUUGGGAAAGUAUACAGCAUCAUUGGGAGCUUCUUUGGUUCUGUGGAAAAGGUCCCCUUCACGAAGAGGACGCUAAGGAAUAUCUGUGGCCAAAUUAGCUGUGAGCAAGCUGAAGACGACGUUAGGAAGACGCUUCAAGCGUUUGCUGACAUCCGAGCAAAUGACCCUGGGUUCUCCUAUGUGGUUUUGGCUGAGAAAGACAGCAAAGUUAAGAACCUGAUGUGGGCUACCGGCAGCAGCAGGAUGCAAUACAGAUUCUUUGGCGACGUUGUGACUUUUGACACUACCUACAGGACAAACUUAUAUGAUAUGCCGUUUGGGCUAUUUGUCGGAGUCAACAACCACUACCAGAGUAUUAUCUUUGCGGGGGUGCUGAUGCGUGACGAGCAGGAAGAAAGCUUUGAAUGGGUGUUUGAGGAAUUUGUACGUAUGAUGGGUGGACCUCCGCCAAAGACAAUACUUACAGACCAGUGCAGGGCGAUGGAGGUAGCAAUCAAGAAGAUAUAUCCUGACACGGUGCAUCGUUGGUGCAAAUGGCACGUUCUGAAGAAAGCGAAGGAGACACUAGGGCCCUUGUACACGAAGAAGAGUGAUUUUCAAGCUGAAUUCCACAAAGUUGUUAACCAUAUGCUGACGGAGGAGGAAUUUGAAACAGCGUGGGAGGCGCUGCUAGAUAAGUACAGCUUGAGGAGCCAUAGCUACAUGACCCAAAUAUAUGAGACUAGGCGGAAGUGGGAAAAACCUUAUUUCAGAGGAGUGUUCUGCGCAAAAAUGACAAGCACGCAAAGGAGUGAGAGUGCAAACCACAUGUUGAAGUCUUACAUGCCACCAGCAAGCCCAAUGCACGUGUUUGUCAGGCAAUACAUGAAGCUUCAGUUUGACCGCGAGCGCGACGAAAGCUACGAGGAAAAGAGGACAAUGAUAGGCGGUGCGGUGAGGCGGACUAAUCUCGCAAUAGAGCGACAUGCCAGCAAGGUGUACACCAGGAACAUGUUUGAGGAGUUCGGUCGUUUACUAAUGGAAGGAACUGCAUACAAUGUUACAGAGGUGGAAAGGAUGAGGAAAUACAGGACCACUCACAAUAAUGGAGCAAAAAGGGAAAAGUGGAGUAGGGUCGAGUACGAGGUGACCAUCAGCGAAGACAGGUCGAUAUUCAAUUGCGAGUGCGGGCAAUUUGAACACACAGGGAUGCUUUGCAGCCAUGUGUUGAGGGUUACGGAAAUUCUUCACCUUGAAGACAUUCCAAAACACCAUAUCCUAAAACGUUGGACCAGGGAUGCAAGGGAUAUACUCCCCGAUCACCUGGUGCAAUACCAAAAAGACAAUUCACAAAAUUUGUCAUUUACGUUUAGGCAUGCGACGCUGUACUUCAAAGCCAUGGAAGUUGUGAGGAUGGGGGACGCAAGCGCUGCAUGCUAUGAACACGUCAAUGCCAACCUGGAUUUGCUGCUUCAGAGUGCGGCGCCUCUAGCAGAGAAAAGGGAUGGCCUCGCUUUUGAGGACCGUGUGAUUUCAAAUGAAGAUGCCAGGCACUCUGCCAAUGGCGGCAACUCAUUAGCUAGUCUACAUGGUGAUCACUGCCAAAGUGCUACUAAUUCUGUCAGCACGAAUGCGUUACAGAGCCUCGCAGCACCGGAGAAAAGGAAGGGUCCAGGCAGGCCGACGAACAGCAGAGACAAGGCGCCAUAUGAAGGGCUUAGUAAGAGAACCCGGUUCUGCAGCCUGUGUCGGCGGGGAGGUCAUAAACGGACCACAUGCCCAGAUAGGGGUGAUGAGCCAAAGAAGCCGAGAAAACCAGGCAAAUGCAAAAACUGUGGUUUGGAAGGGCAUCGGCGUACUACAUGCAAAAGGCCGAUUGGGUUUGCUGAUAACUGAUGUAGUUGUUCCAUUUUACCAAACAUGAAUGUUUUUCCCUGGGAGGGUGUAUGAGUUGGUUUUAUGUUGUACGAUGUUAUCUGCUAGCUGCAUGCUAGUACUGCUAAGUUUUAUGCUUGUA